AGAAUUAAGAUUAAAAACACAUGCUAACAGGUCAAAUCUGGAUCGUUGAUAAAUAUAGAGUAAUUAAUUGACUAACCAUUUAACAAAUUCAUAUUAAUUAACCCUGAAUUAGAUCUCUCCGUACGUGCAUGAUCUCUCUCUGCAUGUGGGCUGUCCCAUUCCCGCGCUUUCCCCGCCUUCUGCACGUUAAUUGACCCACGACCUCUUGGGCUUAAAAUCUUAUCAGACGGCCCAAAUUAAGCCCCUUUCAGAAUGUUCAAUCUUGGGCUUAAAAAUUUGCCAAGCGGCCCAAUGCAGAACCCCAUUCAAUGGUACUUAACAGUUAACUGCUCUAAGCCUCCAACCAACCAAAUCAUGUAUUGCCUUGGAUACCUUGUCCAAGACGCAAGUCGUUUUUGGAUUGGAGCUUUCCCAUUCUCGUUUAUGGAAUCCUUAACGUUGGGCAAUGGAUCACGUAGGUUUGGACCUAUAACAAAACGAUUACAAACGAUAAAAAAAAAAAGUCAUGUACAUAUUAUGAUACUAAAAAGAAAAAUCGCCAUUUCUUCUCUUUUUAGCCGUAUUUCCAUCUAGAAUAACAAAUUAGCUUGCUGACCUAAGUGAAGAAUUGAUAAAGAAAACUCCAUACACCAAAACAAUUCGUAAAAAUCUACCUCUUUUCUAGAGCAAGCUAACUGAGACUGACUAUGUCGAUUUGUAAUAUGGAUGCAAAGACACGGAAUAGCUAUUUGGUUAUAUCGUAUUACUUGUGUGACCUCUUUUUGUUACGUAUAUGAUCAUUUUAUUAUUUCCCUACACGCCACGACAGAGAACAACUCUUUGUCUUCCUUGUUAUUCUUGCUUUGAAGUUGAGAGUUGGAGACACGGCCCGGUUGAAGGAACACCGGCAGCAAAAGUAUUCCCCAAUAUGGCAGCCGGAGAUUGUUUUCGCUUCCGUCACUGUAAAAAUUGGGCGAACGUUUCCGAAGCGGCGGAAUGCGGCGGCGGAGGGGUUUGGGGAAAUGAGUAGAAAGAGCUUUACCAGCGUCGCGGGAGAGAAGAGGGUAGAGACCGACACGUCGGGAAAAGAGUACGCCGCAGAGGAGAUGAUUGUCGCAUCCAUUCCGAUAUCGGAGUAAGCUCUUGAGAGUGGAGAUGGUGGCCGGGAAAGAGUCGGCGGUGGAAUUUGAGGGAAGAGAGGAAAUGGCGGUUGCGGUUAGGUUAGGACAGAGCGCCAACUGAGAGGCGAUGAGAUGGCAGUAGUGAGGGGUUUUCUGUCUUUUCACACAGGAAAAUUGGGCCUGGAUUGUGGGCCGGUUGGCGAGCCGGCCCAGAUUGAAGGUAUCUCGAUCGAAAGAGCACAAAUGGAAGACGGCGUCGAAUUCUGUUGAUCUGUUUCUCGAGACGGAAAACUCGAAAAUCUUCUCUUCCUUUCUUUACACUUUUCUUCCGUAAGAAUCAGCGCCGGACGCGGUGUCCGAUCAGGUACGCCUCCUUUAUAUUUGUGCUUCCUUUACAAUUGAACAUCGCCGCCGGAAAAUACGUAGAUGCUUCUCUGAACCCUAAUUCCGAUCUCUUGACAACGUCGCCGGUGGCGGUUAAAUUGAUGCAGAAUCCAUCCCCUGGUUCAUCGAUCUUUUGUGUUAGCUCUAAUGGAAAUAUCCAGUUCCUUUUAUGAUUGGGCGAUGCGUUGUUUUGAAUGAUGAACUGGGGUCUGGCGGGAAUUUUGGAUUUCUCUUAACAAAAAUUCACCUUUUUCAGUUUUCACUGACUGCAGUUGGAAUCGGGGUUUCCUAAAAGCUACUGCUAAGCAUGCAGGCUUCAAGGGCUAGGUUGUUCAAGGAAUACAAAGAGGUGCAGAGGGAGAAAUCGGCCGAUCCGGAUAUCCAGUUGGUUUGUGAUGAUUCCAACAUUUUCAAGUGGACUGCCCUCAUAAAGGGACCUUCGGAGACUCCCUUUGAUGGUGGGGUCUUCCAGCUUGCCUUCGCGGUGCCGGAGCAGUAUCCCUUGCAGCCUCCUCAAGUUCGUUUCUUGACGAAAAUAUUCCACCCAAACGUGCAUUUCAAGACUGGGGAGAUAUGUCUGGACAUCUUGAAGAAUGCAUGGAGUCCGGCAUGGACGCUUCAGUCGGUUUGUAGGGCUAUAAUUGCUCUUAUGGCUCACCCGGAGCCUGAUAGCCCUCUGAAUUGUGAUUCAGGAAACCUUCUGCGAUCUGGCGAUGUAAGAGGUUAUCAGUCCAUGGCCAGAAUGUACACCAGGCUCGCAGCUUCACCAAAGAAAGGCUGAAGCUACACAAAAAAAACUGUUAUUGUAUGCUCUGCUUGUUGACGAUGAUAAUUCUCGAUAUGGUUAAUCCUUUGGGUUCCUAAACUUCCAUUCUGUGUUGUAUGCUGAAAUACCGAUUUCGUGUAAGUAGCUUUUCUUUGAGAUAGGAAACAGUUGAUUGCUGUCAAUAAGAGUAAUUGAGACAA